AUGGCUGGUGCUUUGGAGAACGCAAGAAAAGAAAUUAAACGUCUUUCUUUGGAAGACCAGGACGAGUCUCAAUAUGGUCAGAUUUUCUCUGUUUCUGGUCCAGUUAUCGUUGCCGAAAACAUGAUUGGUUGUGCUAUGUACGAAUUAGUCAAGGUUGGUCACCAAAACUUGGUCGGUGAAGUCAUUAGAAUUAACGGUGACAAGGCCAGUAUCCAAGUUUACGAAGAAACUGCCGGUGUUACUGUUGGUGACCCAGUCUUAAGAACUGGUAAACCAUUAUCUGUCGAAUUGGGUCCUGGUCUUAUGGAAACUAUUUAUGAUGGUAUUCAAAGACCAUUGAAGGCAAUUAAGGAUUUAUCUCAGUCUAUCUAUAUUCCAAGAGGUAUUGAUGCUCCAUCAUUGAGUAGAGAAGUCAACUACGACUUCAAGCCAGGUCAAUUGAAAGUUGGAGACCAUAUUUCCGGUGGUGAUAUCUUUGGUUCUAUCUUUGAAAACUCUUUGUUUGAUGAUCAUAAGAUCUUAUUACCUCCUAGAGCUAGAGGUACUAUUACUUCUAUCGCUGAAGCUGGUUCUUACAACGUUGAAGACACAGUUUUGGAAGUUGAAUUCGAUGGUAAGAAGCACAACUACUCUAUGAUGCACACAUGGCCUGUCAGAGUUCCAAGACCUGUCACUGAAAAGUUGGCUGCUGAUUACCCAUUACUUACCGGUCAAAGAGUUUUGGAUGCCAUUUUCCCAUGUGUUCAAGGUGGUACCACCUGUAUUCCUGGUGCUUUCGGUUGUGGUAAAACUGUUAUCUCUCAAUCAUUAUCUAAGUAUUCCAACUCAGAUGUCAUCAUCUACGUUGGUUGUGGAGAAAGAGGUAAUGAGAUGGCCGAAGUCUUGAUGGAAUUCCCUGAAUUAUUCACAGAGAUUAAUGGUAGAAAGGAACCAAUUAUGAAGCGUACUACUUUAGUUGCUAAUACUUCUAAUAUGCCAGUCGCUGCCAGAGAGGCUUCCAUUUAUACUGGUAUCACAUUAGCCGAAUAUUUCAGAGAUCAAGGUAAGAACGUUUCUAUGAUUGCUGAUUCAUCAUCUAGAUGGGCUGAAGCUUUGAGAGAACUUUCCGGUAGAUUGGGUGAAAUGCCUGCUGAUCAAGGUUUCCCUGCUUAUUUGGGUGCUAAGUUGGCUUCUUUCUACGAAAGAGCUGGUAAGGCUAUAGCAUUAGGUUCUCCUGACAGAAUUGGUUCAGUUUCUAUUGUCGCCGCUGUUUCACCAGCUGGUGGUGAUUUCUCUGAUCCAGUUACUACCGCUACCUUGGGUAUUACUCAAGUUUUCUGGGGUUUGGACAAGAAGUUAGCUCAAAGAAAACAUUUCCCAUCUAUUAACACAUCAGUUUCAUAUUCUAAAUAUACCAAUGUUCUUAACAAGUAUUACGAUGAAGAGUACCCUGAAUUCCCUACUUUGAGAGACAGAAUCAGAGAAAUAUUGUCCAACGCUGAAGAAUUGGAACAAGUUGUUCAAUUAGUUGGUAAGUCUGCCUUAUCUGACUCUGAUAAGAUUACUUUGGAUGUCGCUUCUUUAAUCAAGGAAGAUUUCUUACAACAAAACGGUUACUCUACUUAUGAUGCCUUCUGCCCAAUUUGGAAGACUUUCGAUAUGAUGAGAGCAUUCAUGGCUUACCAUGACGAGGCUCAAAAGGCUGUUGCCAAUGGUGCUCAAUGGUCUAAGUUAUCUGAAAAGACCUCUGAUAUCAAGCAUGCCGUUUCAUCUACAAAGUUCUUUGAACCAUCCAGAGGUGAAAAGGAAGCUGAAAAGGAAUACGGUGAAUUAUUGACUAACAUCAGUGAAAGAUUUGCUGAAGCAUCUGAGUAG